CAGCUCGUGAUGUUGAAAAGGUGUUAAACAGUGUGACAGCUUUCCAGUUAAACUAGACUUUAUUUGUUUACCUGUUAACUCCUUUUCACCCCCUUGUGGGACUUAAUGUAAUUAAUUUAUGGGAUUGGAAUUGCCCAAGAUCUUGUCCUGAGUCAUAAUUGAGCCUUUUUGGAGCCUUCCUGCCUGGGGGACAUGGAGGACAGUUUUUGACUCAAUAUUUCUUUUGGAUGUAGCAAAUGCUUCCAUGGGGAUUAGUCAUAUUUUGAAUUUACGAAUAUCCUGUGCUUAUCAAAAUACAAAUUUUGAUGUUUCAAAAGACCAUUAAAGCAGAAUUGCAUGAGAAUAUCCUAAUUAACAGCCUCUGAACCAAAUGUCUCUCAUUUAGCUUUCUGAUGUGACAUUUUCACGUGUGCUGUUUCCUCUAUCAGAAUUUCUUGCCUCUGUUCAGUCAGCUCCCAGUUUCUGAGUGCAAAAUACUUGAUGGUCCACCCGAGGGGAGAGAAGCAUGAGGUGGUGCUGGUUCUUAGCAUAAAGACUUUGGCUGAUUUCUCAGGAGAAAAGAUCAACACUCCAGCAGUUCAACAGCUGAAAAUGGUGGUUUAGGAUGGACUUGGAGCUCCUGAAGAAGCUGCGUCAGGCCAACCAGGACCUUCUACAAAGGCUCAAAACAAAGCAGGAGGAGAUCAGAAAAAGAGUUCCCAGCAAGCCACUCCUUCCAGCAUCUGUUCCUGGCAGCACAGCUGCUGAGGGCUCUGUCCCCUGGCCCAGGAGAGGGAAGGAGAAUCAGGUGGAUGCUGGGAAGGCCACAGCUGAGCCUGGGGUGGUGGUGUCUGUGGAACCCAGAGCUUGCACAGCCAGAGCAGCCCUCAGUUCACCUCAUAAACACAGCAGCGGGGCCAGAGGGGAACAGCAACAACAAGCAAAGGCACAGGAAGCAACAGGUUUGGAUUCCAGCUUUCCUGGGAAAGAGAAGAGUGGUAUUCCAGUGUCUGCAAUCAUUCCAUGUGGCAGAGAAGCCUCUAGAGUGGAUGGGGAUGGCCAUGCUUGGGGAAGUCCAGAGAAGGAAUCCUUCCUCCUGGGGCUUGGAGAGAACAGAAGACAGCCUGCUCUGCUCCAUGGUUUCCAUGAGAAGAAUCGUCCAGAGCCAUCACUGAGCAGAGUGCAAAAUGAAGAGCCCAGUGAGCAGCACGUGGUCAGCAGGGAACCCACAGUACCUAAAUCAGUCCUGGUGACAUCCCGGUCCAAAGAGUUGAAGAAGAAAGCUCGUCAUGUGACUUUUCAGUCUGACCCCGAAGGAGAUGCCACACGGGUGGGCAGCUGGUCUGCCCGUCCUUUCCUGGGCUAUGACUGGAUUGCAGGGCUCCUUGACACAAAGUCUUCAGUAACAGAAAAACCUGAGCAAUACUUUGCUGAGCUGCAGCAGUUCCGACAGGCCAACAGGGAGGCUUGUAUUGAUGAGCAGGACCUGGAGCCCAAGGCUCUGGAUUGCACCAGUCCUGAACAAGAACCAGAAUGGAUAACUGGUUCCCAUAACUGUUUUUACUGUUACCGGUUAAACCAGCGCCUGUUCACUGUCCCCGUGGAUCCACAAUCUGCCUGCCCUGUGUGUAAGAUCCCACGUGCCCACCAGCCCCCAGGGACACUGGAAGAGCCAGCCCACGUCAGGGUCAGCAUUCCCAGGAAUACCCUUUUGCCUGCCCACAAGUACAAGGCCCAUCGCAGGAGGAGCUUUGAGCCAGCAGAUGAUCUGGCCUUACCCUCGCACUGCCUGGCUGGCUGGGAAAACAUCAUCCCUCCAAGCAACCCCAGGCUCAGCAGUUUGGAUCUGCGAUCUUCCCUGGAAGAGAGGCCUUCUCCCCAUCCUCACCUGGACUCGCUGCCCAGAGUGUCAAGAGGCACCAGAACCGAGGAGCUCCUGCCCCCCUUGGCACGUCCCAGGUCCAGCAGUGCCUCCCCUCAGAGGAGGCAAAGCAAGCGGCACCGGGGAGCAGCUCCCGGAUCAAACCGGGCGGCCUCGACACUGUGAACCACCAGUGUGACUGCCCAGGGGGAGGGGUGGGCACAGCACGUGGGAACAACUCCCAGACGAAGCCAUUUGGAU